AGGCGCGCGCUCGGCCUCUCGGCGCUCGCUUGCUUGGGUCUGACCGGGCUGGCGACGGCCGGCAGCGGGACGCCGGGCAGCGGGACUCCGGCCGCUAGCGGGGUCCGGCUUGCGGGGCGGCAUGGAGGGGCCGCCGGCCGCCGCGGGCGGGGAGGUCUCCUUGCACAACUUCAGCGCGAGGCUGUGGGAGCAGCUCGUCCACUUCCAUGUCAUGCGGCUGACGGACUCGCUGUUCCUGUGGGUGGGAGCCACGCCGCACCUGCGCAACCUCGCCGUGGCCAUGUGCAACCGCUACGAUUCCAUCCCUGUGUCUACCUCCCUCCUCGGAGACACUUCUGACACCACCUCCACUGGCCUCGCGCAGCGCUUAGAGAAUUCUAUAAACCUGCUGGAACAUGUGUGUCCGGACCGCCCGAGGCAGAAGAAGGAAACGGGAUUCUGAACGCACCGGGGCCUCCACCCCCACCGCCGCGGGAAGCUGCAGGUGCAGGCGCCCCAUGAGGGCAGCCGUGAGAGCUCACUGGUGAUGUCAGCCCUCGGCAGCCAUCCCAGAGCUAAAAAUUUCCUUCUCUCCCAACCCCUCUUCCGUGCUUUGGGGAAAUCAAAGUGCUUUUAUCACACCAUGAGGAUGCGUCAAGGUCAACGGCAACAGACCCCUGCCCCCAUCGGAGGAGGCUGCCGCUUGCCAAAUGAACUCAUUUCCACGUGGGAAAUCCUCGGUAGAGGGCCUGUUGGUGUCGUCCUUUUAUCAUCAAGCAACUGGUGAGAUUCGGUUCCUCUCUGGGGAUCCCAGAUGACUUUCUCUGCUGCUCAGCCUAGCGAGGUCUCAGGGAAAUCUACCUUUUUGUUCUGGUAGGAAGGCAGUCUUCUGACCACAGCAGGGAACAAGGUCAGAGGCAUCCCCCUUCCCCCAAAGCAGCAGCAUUAAAAUGGAAACUUGCCAUCUC